AACCUUCAAAUAGACAGAGCACAACACAGUGUUACAAUUUCUGACAAUGGAAGUGAACAAGGAAAUGUCCAAGGUCAACAGUCGGGAUGAAGAAGAGGAGUAAGGCUGCAUGGAGAAGGGUAGUGAGGCCAAAUAGAGGAAGAGGUAGAAGAGGCCAAGGACAUAGGCACUGAUGAAAUUCAUAAGGGCCACAUAUGUGGACCACGUUCUCAAUCAUGGCCUUACAAUGGCCGAGGCUGGUCGAAGGAUGCAGCCACAUGUUGGGAGAACAACCAUGUCCUCAAUCAUUCAAACAUUUCGUGGACAGAUCGGGUGGACCAUGUAGAGAAUUUAAAAGGGAUGUGGACAAGGUGAGGAAACACACAGAAAGCGAAAACUGUACCAGAGAAAAGGACAUCAUGAAGCUGCAGACUGCCCUUCUGUUGAUCUGUCUUUUCAGGACAAGCUUUCCUCUUCCAUUGCAGAUUGGAAUUCUUGCAAGCAACAGCAAUGAAAUCCUGGGACUGAAUGGACUAACUCUUGCAGCUCUUGGACAAGCACAGGCAUCUUCACUAUUACCACAGUUUGUGCUGCAGCAGCAGCGGCCUGAGGUGCUUCUCACUCCACAGGUGGUGAACUUGAACCCUCAAGUGGCUGGUCCGUUUGGCGGCCAGGGACCCCAGCUGCUUUUUCCCGCACAGGGCAACCAGCUGACACCUGCGCUUCUCCCCAACGGUCAGCAGGAGCAGCUCGGGCCUCCACAGGACCCCAACAAUCCUAAUGGCCCCCAGCAGGCCCAAAACCCUGUGCAGACGUUUCCACAGUUCCACUACCGUGCUUAUGGAUUUCCUCAGUUUCCCAGACAGCAGGGCUUCCAAUACUUUGUGCCUUCUUACGGCUACCCCCAGCAGAGGAAUAAUGUGGUGCUGCAGCCCAACAACGGUCAGGUGGCUCAGCAGAACCUGGAGAAAACUACACAGAGGCCACAGCUCCCUCUGCAGCAGGGUUCCCAGACAAAGGUACAAACAGAGAAAACAUGGCCAAUGGGGACACAGAAAGAGUCCACUACCAUUCCUCCUGAUCCUCGUGGUGACACCUCUGGUCCUGGGGUCGAUGAGGGUCAGUCCAAUUUCCCCUUCCUGUUUGAGCCUUAGAUUUCACCUGGGAAAUAACAACAAAGUGAUUUGGCAAAAAAUAAUUUCUGUGUGUUUGGCCACAGUCGCUGCAAUCUCCUCCAGCAAAACACGCUGUAGGGUGCAAUUUUUCCAAGUGCUUUUUAUUUGUACUUAAGUGCUUCUUGUAUAUUAAACAGAAAUUACCUGACUUUUUUCAG